AUGAUGGAAAGAAUAAGAAAAGAGAUGAUUCUGAUGGAGAGAGGGCUUCAUAGCCCUACUGCUAGCAAGAGGUUCUCCAAUUUGUCCGAUUCGUCUGGCAGUGCUGUGCUGGAGGCCUUGGAAAAUUCGCAGCACCCGGCUCGCCUCAGUCCGCGCUUGCCGUCCGCUCCCCUGCACGGCUCUCUGGGAGACCUCCCCGCCAAGGGCAAAUUCGAAAUAGACACUUUGUUCAACCUGCAGCACCCGAGCAGCGAAAGCACCGUCUCCUCCGAAAUCGCCUCUGCCGCCGAGAGCCGCAAGAAGCCUGGUCAUUAUUCAGAAGCGGCCGCCGAGGCCGACAUGAACAGCGACGUGGAGGUGGGCUGCUCGGCACUGCGGUCCCCCAGCGGCCUGGGCGCCGCGCCGCUCAAGGAAAACAAUGCCAAAGGGUACACCGAGAGCGGCUCAGUCGCAGGUACCACGACGUCGGCCUCCAGCUCGGGCCUGGGCAGUCUACAUGGAGGCGGCGGCGGCAACAGCGGGGGCGCUGCGUUGGGUGGCUCGGGCUCCGGCUCUGGUGCCGAUCAGGUGCGGCGAUACCGUACGGCAUUCACCCGUGAACAGAUCGCACGCCUGGAAAAGGAGUUCUACCGGGAGAACUACGUGUCUCGGCCCCGCCGGUGCGAGCUGGCCGCCGCACUCAACCUGCCCGAAACCACCAUCAAGGUGUGGUUCCAGAACCGGCGCAUGAAGGACAAACGGCAGCGCCUGGCCAUGUCGUGGCCUCAUCCAGCGGACCCCAGCUUCUACACCUACAUGAUGACGCACGCGGCGGCCACCGGAAGCCUCCCCUACCCUUUCCACUCGCACGUGCCGCUGCACUACUACCCGCACGUGGGCGUCACCGCGGCCGCAGCGGCGGCCGCAGCCUCGGGAGCGGCAGCGGCGGCAUCGUCGCCCUUCGCCACUUCCAUCCGUCCUCUGGACACCUUCCGUGCGCUCUCGCAUCCCUACUCGCGGCCGGAGCUGCUCUGCAGCUUCCGCCACCCGGGGCUCUACCAGGCGCCCGCCGCCGCCGCGGGGCUCAACAGCGCGGCGUCGGCAGCGGCUGCAGCGGCGGCUGCAGCGGCGGCGGCCUCCUCGGCGGCGGCGGCCGGGGCGCCCCCCAGCGGCAGCUCGGCACCCUGCUCCUGCCUCAGUUGCCACAGCAGCCAGUCUGCAGCCGCCGCCGCCGCAGCUGCAGCGGCGGCGCUGGGCUCCCGGGGCGGCGGAGGCAGCGGUGGCGGCGGUGGCGGAGGAGCCGGGACGGCGGGCGGCUCGGACUUCGGCUGCAGCGCCGCGGCGCCGCGCUCCGAGAGCGGCUUCUUGCCCUACUCGGCCGCGGUGCUCAGCAAGACCGCCGUCAGCCCGCCCGACCAGAGGGACGAGGCGCCGCUCACCAGAUAA